AUGCCUGUCGAGAUCGCGCUCAACACUCCGCUCGCGGAGGCGCUGAAUAAUGAGAUCCAGCCCAAGCUCGUCGAGGCCGGCUGGGCCAGUGCCGAUUCCGACGACACAAACCUGUCCGAAUACAUCAUUCUGAUGCUGGUCAACGGCAAGACACAAGGCGAAAUCGCUACCGAACUACCCGAGCUGCUCGGUCUGGGCUCUGACGAUCCAGCUGCGCAACAGUUUGCGCGAUGGCUGUUCGAGCAGAUCGAUGUCCAGAACGCCAAGCUCAACGGCAGUCAGGACAAUGCCAUGGCAUCACAAGCUGACGCUUCUGGUGGCGCUGGAGAUGAGGACAUGGACAUGCAUGUCGAGCCGUCAGGUCCCGGCGAUCUGAAUGCCCCCACUGGCCCCAAGGCGAUGCGGAACAACAACAACAACCCUCGCGGUAACCGCGACAGGCGGAUGCUGGGCCAAAUAAACCGAGCUCUAGAUCGCACUCACGAUUCGUCGCUUCAUCGGGUCCGUGGCCAGGCGGGCAUCAACUCCCACAAGGCCCCGCCUAGCGGUCCGAGGAUGGGUGUCGGUCGACAGCCUCGCAACGCCAAUGGCAGGGCAGCUAACAUCGCCCACGGUAUGGCGAUGGGCAUGGGCAUGGGCUCCGGCGGUCCUGGCAUGAAUGGCAUGAACCCUUCGUGGAACAUGAUGGGCGGAGCUCAGUCGCCGCAGGCCAUGGACAUGUACGCGAUCCUCGAGCAGCAAUCCCGGAUGAUGCAGCAGAUGCAGCAGCAGAUGCAGCAGCAGAUGAUGCAACAAGGUGGUGGCAACUUCCGGCAGAACGGAAGGCCUCUUCAAGAUCGCAUCCGCAACCCCAACAAGCACAACUUCCGGGGAGGUCACCAUCAGAACGGGCACCAUAACCAGAACAAGCCCGCCACCGAGGGCGAGGAUGUCGACAUGAGCGGGGAGAAGCGCGAGCCUCUCAACCCCGACGAGUCCGUCUGCAAGUUCAACCUGCGCUGCACGAACAAGGACUGCAAGUUUGCUCACCAGUCCCCUGCCGCACCCCCUGGAACCGCAGUCGAUGUGAAGGACGUCUGCACCUUCGGUGCAGCUUGCAAGAACCGCAAGUGUGUCGGCCGACAUCCUUCCCCUGCUGCCAGGGAGGCCCACCAGAGCGAGCAGGACUGCAAGUUCUUCCCUCACUGCACCAACCCGCGCUGUCCUUUCCGCCACCCCAGCAUGCCCCUCUGCCGCAACGGCGCCGAUUGCUCCGUGGAGGGCUGCAAGUUCACCCACGUCCAGACGAUGUGCAAGUUCAACCCGUGUACGAACCGGUAUUGCUCGUUCAAGCACGAGGAAGGACAGCGAGGCACGUUCCAGGAUAAGGUCUGGACAGCCGAUGGUGCCAAGAGCCACGUUAGCGAGCGCAAGUUUGUCGAUGAGAAUGCUGCCGAGGAGAACAUCAUUCCUGACCAGCCUGACAAUGCCAUGGGCGACCACGAGGUUGCUCAAGAUGCCAUUGCUUAG